CUCAACAAACAUUGUCUCACUCCUAUUCAAGACCUUUCAGUGUGUCCGUAUCAGCUACAGAAUAAAGUUGACUAUCAUAACCUUAUUUAACAUAUAAAAGUCAUUUUGAGCUGGCCUCCAGCUGCCUUUUUGUUCACAUGUAUUACCCUUUUCAUAAUUCUUAAUGACUAACAAUAUUCUCAUUUAUUUUAUUUCCAUCUCUGUACUUUGGCUUCUUUUAUGAAUGUCUUUCUUAUAAAAACUUGUCUUUUGGGCACACUGUGAAAGCAUAGUGACUAAAUCCUCACCUUGCAUGCACUGCAGAUCCCAUAUGAGCACCGAUUGGAGUCCUGGCUGCUUCACUUCCCAUCCAGCUCCCUGUUUGUGGUCUGGGAAAGCAGUUGAGAAUGGCCCCAAAGCCUUGGGACCCUGCACCCACAUGGGAGACCAGGAAGAAGUUCCUGGCUCCUGGCCUCAGAUUGGCUCAGCUCCGGCCAUUGCAGCCACUUGGGGAGUGAACCAGCAGGUGGAAAAUCUUUUUCUCUGUCUCUCCUUCUUUCCAAUAAAUAAAAACAAAUAAAUCUUUUAAAAAACAAUAAAACUUCGUCUUUCAUUGUCUGGCAAAACCUUAUUUCCCUAGGGGCUCUUUUUCUGCUUCCUCUGCAGGAAGAAAGCCUUCAUAGAACAUGAACAUGGCUCUCAGUGUCCCUAGUCCAAAUCCUCACGAAACCCUGCGAAGCCCUGUGACUUUCUCACUUUUCAUAUUUGAAUGAUCUGUUUUUCUUGCUGACAAUAUGGAGAAAGUUAAGAGUUAUCUUUGUAUCCCUGGUGCUUAAGUCAACGCCUGGGACAGAAUAUUUUUAUGAUUUCAAUGCAGUCAACCUAACCUUUUUCUGGUUGGUUAUGAUCUGAGGCCUUGGCCCUAGAUGUGGUCUUUUAUCUCACAAGCUUAAGGUCCACCCUGGAAGCAGCUGCAAAGUUCCCAGGGCACUAACAAACUCACAAGCAAUUAACCACAGAGCAGGCUGUCCUGAAACAGCAUCACAGAACACCAAGUCCAGGGUUGGCGCAGGAACAAGAGAACAAUGGACACGUCCCACCCCAGUCAUCUGUGUCUGUUCUUCCUCAUGUGUGUGCUGGCCCCAGAAGUCGCCACAGAAGUGGAGGAACCCUCAGAUGGUCCUGCUGCCACCCAGGAACUCACGUGGCUCACAGAUGUCCCAGCUGCCACGGCAUUCAUUGCUGCUGCUGAGGUGGCCCUAGUAGGCUUCUUCCAGGAUUUAGAAUUACCAGUAGUGUCCAUAUUCCGUGAUAUGGUGCAGAACUUCCAAGAUGUGUCCUUUGGAAUCAGCAAUAUUUCUGACGUUUUGACCCACUAUAACAUUACUGGCAAUACCAUUUCCCUCUUUCGUCUGGCGGAUAAUGAACAAGUGAAUUUAGAGGGUGAAGUCAUUGAAAGCCUUAAUGCUGACAAAUUAAGCCAUUUCAUUGAGGCCCACAACCUCCAACUGGUGACGGAGUACAACGCUGUGACUGCAGUUGGCCUGUUUAGCAGCAAUAUUGAAAUUCAUCUUCUCCUGGUGAUAAACAAAGCCUCCCCAGAGUAUAAAGAGAACAUGCACAGAUUCCAGAAGGCAGCUAAACUCCUCCAGGGGAAGGCUCUCUUUGUUCUGCUGGACAGUGGGAAGAAGGAGAAUGAGAAAGCGGUGUCAUAUUUCAAACUAAAAAAGUCUCAACUGCCUGCGCUGACUAUUUAUCGGACAGUGGAUGAUAAGUGGGAUGCACUUCCUGUAACAGAGGUUUCUGUUGAGCGUGUGCAAAACUUUUAUGAAGGAUUCCUGGAAGGGAAAUUGCUGAGCGAAAAUCAUAAAUCAGAAGAAAAGACUUCAAAGGUGGAACUCUGAUUUCUCCCUGAUGCUUCGGAAUGCCACAAAGUGUCUUUAUAUGCUGAAUAAAAAGGGAUAACUCAAACUUCAGAAAC